AUGCGGGGUCUUUUUCUUGGACUGAGCACAAUAGCUCUCUCCUCUUCCUCUAGCUUUGCCCUUCAUUUCACGACGGAGUCAGAAUGUGCCGCUCUAUGUUCGGAUGGCUCAAAUUCAACAACCUCGAACCCUCAAACCUCCACAACAAAUUCUACAGACGUUGUAUGCGAGGACAAUGAAUAUUCAAGCUCAGGGAAUGGCAUCAGGUUUAAAAACUGUCUCAAUUGUCUCCAGAAGAGCGAUACCACGUGGAAAGAACAAAGUGAUGUGUAUUGGUUUCUGUACAACGUGCGAUAUGCGUUCGAUGUCUGCCUGUACUCUUACCCAGAUGCGGCGGACUCGGGUACUAUCAAUUCCCCGUGCAACAUUGAAAGCUCAUGUGGCUCUCUCGAAGAUGCUCUGACGGCGUCACUAUUGAAGACUACCCCCGAUAACCAGUUCGACUAUUGCGAAGCCGAAAAUUCAGUCAUCAAGAGUUCCAGUUACAGCCAGUGUAUCGGCUGUCUGCAGUCAACAUCGAAUCAAAAGUAUCUGGCCAACUUUCUGGUGGCAUUGAAAGCAGGCUGUAUUCAAGAGCCUAAGAAAGGCGAUAUCCUUGGCCUUAGUGGCACAAUUUUCACUCACACACUCAUCAAUAUUACUGAUCCUAACACGAACCAAACUCUGCCUGGCGAUGAUGGUGCUCCCGUUGGCUCUAUGACCACUGGCACAAUCGUUGGUAUCGCUGUGGGAUGCGGGCUAGGCAUAGCUGGCAUGGUGUGGCUUAUCUUCAUGUACUGUCGACGAAGUCGACAACGUCGUGGUGCAGGAGUCAAGAUUGAAUCACCACCUCCUGAUGCACCAAUGAAUGACCCUUCUAUGUAUGGAAUUCACAAGUCUUCUUACUUUACCGACAAUGCUGGAUAUCCCGGGCGCUCGGCGCAGCCUCAUAACCAUGCUGGAAACCACAUCCGCACAAUGUCUAAUGCGGAGUAUUACGACAGUUUCGAACAAGAUAGCAGCGGUAUUAAUGGCAAGGUCAGCUAUCACUAUGCACCGCACUCGAAGAGCAAUGGUCCCAAUGCUGCACUGCCAGCACACCCAGCCUACAUACCCAGAGUCGUCAGCCGUCUUCCCGAUGCUAAGGCACCGAGUUCUCUCCGGCAUACCAUGAGAUCCAAUGUUCCCGAUUCAUAUGCUCUGCAGACAUAUCUCAGUGCUGCAGAGCCUGCAGGAACUGACACUCAGCGGAUCGGAGAGGUGGCAUCUUUGAGUACUUCGAGCUCGCGUGUUGCGAGCCGCGACCCUUCCCCUGUACCACAUCAUCCAGCCACUAGACCACCAAUAUCAGCGGCGGCUCCAGUUCCUGCCCCCGAAGCCGUCAAAACCAAGCCAUCCUUCGCCUUCCCUUCUCUAUCAAAACUCAUCAUUCCCAAGAAACAGGGGACCCCACAGCUGAAUCUGUUAUCAGCAACCCCUAUAUCAGCGAUUGAUAAUGAUCCACGACAUGAGCUAAGGAUCUCCAGGCCGUUGGCUGUGUUGGAUCCAAGGUUCCAAGACCGACCGCUAGGAGGCGGCAUUGUCCUAGCAACUGAGGUGCCGGCGGGGUUCAGUGACGACUAUCUCAAGAGGCGGGAAGCAAACAAGUCUCCCAUGUUAAGCGGCAACAGUCGCGUUUAUGGAUGA